UCGUAUUUAAGAUUUUACCAUAGUGAGGCAACUAUAACUUAAAAAGUUUAUCCUAAAAUUUUCUAUUAUACAAUAUGGUACGGAUGCUGUGGUACACCUGUUGAGUUAGAUCAGAAAACCUGUUACACUUGAUGAAAGAGCAUUGUCGGUUAUCGGUUGAUUUUGAACAACAAUGAGCAGACGUAGACGUUACACCUAUAGCAUUUCACUUAUAUUAUCAUUUCACAUGCCUGUUUGUUUACACUUUUAGAAAAUGAUAAGAGCAUAGUAUGUUGAAUUUUGACGGUUGUUAAUUUUGCAGAAAAUCUAUCAAAAUUUUAAUAAAAUGUAAAUGUUUAACAUCAGAAAUUAUUUUAAUCUUUUUUUGUCUAAUACAAGCUUUAUACUUCGACAAUGAGAGGGAAGCUAAAAUCCAUUUUUAAACUAGAUUAAAUAGUAAUAAAUUUAUUCUGGGAAAAUAUACUGUACAUUUUUUUUUAGCCGAUUUUAUUAUUUAGAAUGCUUUAGAAUGCUAUUAUUAUGGAUUAUACCUCUAUGGUUCAAUAUUUUCUUCGUUUUCAGUUAUCCAAAUUUAUUAUAUACAACAGCCAAAGAUAUUCGAAUGGCCAAUAUGUCCAAGUUGACUAAAAUUAAUGUUAUAAUUAAAGAUUUGAUAGAAGGUGUUGCAAUUGAUUUUUAUUUUAAAGAUUCAUUGAUUUGUUGGGCUGACCAUGGACAAGAAUCAAUACAAUGUGUUACAUAUAAUGGUACACAUGUUGCUAAUAAGGUUGCCAUUUUAAAUUCUGGUAUUUUAACUCCUGAUGGAUUAGCUAUUGAUUGGCUUACUAAGAAAUUAUAUUGGACGGAUGGAGAUACAAAUAGAAUUGAAGUUGCAUCAUUGGAUGGUAAACUACGCAAAGUAUUAUAUUGGGAAGAAAUUGAUCAACCACGUGCUAUAGCACUAGUUCCUAUGGAUGGUAUCAUGUUUUGGACUGAUUGGGGUGAAGUACCAAAAAUUGAAAGAGCUGGAAUGAAUGGAGAUUUAUCUACCCGUAAAGUUAUAGUUAGUGAUAAAAUAUUUUGGCCCAAUGGUUUAACCAUAGACUUUCAAAAUAGACAAAUUUACUGGGUUGAUGGAAAACUUGGAUUUAUUGAUGUAAUGGAUUUUGAUGGAAAAAGUAGAAAAACAGUUCAUGAUAAAGGUAUAUCUUAUCCAUUUGGGAUCGCUUUAUUUCAAGAAAAAUUGUACUGGACAGAUUGGAAAUCUUGGUCUAUUCAUGUAGCUGACCGUAAAGGAGGUGGUGUUAAUCGUGAAAUCAUUCAUGGUAAUUAUGUACCUAUGGAUAUUCGAGUUUGGGAUCCUGUUAGACAACCUGAUAAAAUUACUCCAUGCGAUAAAAAUAAUGGUGGUUGUUCAGAUUUGUGUCUUUUAGCACCUAACUCUCCCGGAUACUCUUGUGCUUGUCCUACAGGAAUAAAACUUAUUGAUCACCACAACUGUGCAAAUAGUGUACAAGAACUUCUCCUCGUUGUUCAGAAAACAGAAAUAUGUCAAAUAUCAUUAGAUUCUCCUGAUCACUCCAUAAUGUCAGUACCUUUGUCUGGAUUAGCUCACGCUAUUGCUAUUGACUAUGAUCCUGUAGAGCAUUAUAUUUAUUGGACUGAUGAUGAAAUUAAAAUGAUUCAGCGAGCACAAAUGAAUGGAAGUAAUCAAGAAAUUAUUAUGUCUAAUGAAAUAUUUCAUCCUGAUGGAAUUGCAAUAGAUUACUCUGCUCGUAACUUAUAUUGGACAGAUACUGGAACAGAUCGAAUAGAAGUUGCUAGGUUAAAUGGAAAAUAUCGAAGAGUUAUUAUUACUAAUGACUUGGUAGAACCUCGUGGUAUAGCAGUUGCACCAGAACUGGGUUGGCUAUUUUGGUCUGAUUGGUUUGAAAGAAAACCAAAAAUUGAACGUUCUAAUUUAGAUGGUAGUGACAGAAUAAUUUUACUAAAAGAAGAUUUAGGUUGGCCUAAUGGAAUCACGUUGGAUAUUAAGUCAAAAACAUUGUAUUUUUGUGAUGCUAAAACUGAUAGAAUUGAAUUAAUUAAUAUGAAUGGUGAAGGCCGUCGAGAACUUGUUAAUGAAAAUGUGCCUCAUGUAUUUGGUUUAACUCAAUUAGGUGAUUAUCUGUAUUGGACUGAUUGGCAACGUCGGACUAUUGACAGAGUUAACAAAAAUACAGGCUCUGAUCGGAGACUCAUUAUAGAUCAGUUACCUAACUUAAUGGGUGUUAAAGCCAUAAAUUUGAAUGACCCUUUAAGUUUAAAUGCAUGUAGCGAAAACAAUGGUAACUGUAGUCAAUUUUGUUUUUUCAAACCAAAAGGAGGUUAUAACUGUGCUUGUGAAAUUGAGUAUGAAUUAGCUGAUGAUGGAAAAACUUGUGUUGUGCCUAAAGCAUUUUUGUUGUAUUCACGUAAUGAUCACAUAGGAUUCUUAAGCAUAGAAAAUAAACAUUACACAGAUUUCAUUCCUGUAACGGGAUUAAAAGAAUCAAGUGCUAUUGAUAUUGAUAUUUCAAACAAACGAGUUUACUGGGCAGACAUCAAAUUAAAAACAAUUAAUAGAGUUUUUUUAAAUGGAUCUACACCUGAAAGAAUAAUUGAAUUUGGUCUCCAAUCUCCUGAAGGUUUAGCGGUUGAUUGGAUUGGUGAAAAUUUAUAUUGGUGUGAUUCUGGUACAAGACGAAUUGAAGUAGCUAGAUUAGAUGGAAACAUGCGAAAAGUACUACUAUGGAAUGAUAUAAAGUAUCCUAAAAAUUUGCUGCUUGAUCCUAAACGAGGUUUUAUGUAUUGGAGUGAAUAUGAUGGUAUAACUGGUUCCAUUCAUAAAGCUUCAAUGGAUGGAGAAGGCAAAUUAUGUUUAGUCAAUAAAAUAGGAAAAGUAGUCAGUAUUACUUUAGAUUAUGAUAAUGGUUUAAUUUAUUGGACUACAUUGACACCAAAUAGUGGAACUGUUGAAAGUAUUGAUUUGGAUGGGAAACGUCAAAAUAAAAUUGUAUCAGUUCCAUAUGGUUACCCAUCUGCUAUAACAUAUUUUAAAGAUUCUUUAUAUUGGCUUGACUGGGCUAAUGGUACAUUUUUUCAAGUUAAUAUUAUCAGUGGAGAUGUUAUAAAACAAAGUAAAAUGAAUUUGGAUCAUGUAACUGAUUUGCUAACUUAUGAUAAACAGAGCCAAAUUGGAACCAAUCCUUGUGUAGACAAUAAUGGUGGUUGUCAGCAGUUAUGUCUUGUUAAAGGAUCCACUAAUUUACAUGAACCUAUGUCAUAUCAUUGUUCUUGCGAAACACAUUUCACUCUUUUUAAAAACAACACUUGUUCAGCUCCAAAUAGCUUUUUGAUUGUGGCUCAGCGAACAACUUUUUAUCGAGUAGUUAUGGAUAUUGAAGACUCCUCAGAUUCAUCACUUCCAGUUAUUGGAUUAAAACAUGUAAAAGCAGUUGAAUAUGAUCCAUUAUCACACAUGAUUUAUUGGAUUGAUGAAAAAACCCAAGCAAUUAAAAGGUGUCAUGAAAAUGGUUCAAAUCCAAGUACUUUUAUUGGUAAUAAUGGAGAUACUUAUAACUUAUAUGAUCUUGCGUUAGAUCCAUAUAAUAGACUACUAUUUUGGUCAUGUUCAUUAACAGACUCCAUAAAUGUUACUCGUUUGACAAAUAGUAGUUUUCAAGGUUCAAUAUUCAAAAGUUAUGAUAGUGAAAAACCAAGAAAUUUAGCUGUGCAUCCAGAAAAAGGAUUUAUAUAUUGGACAGAUUUAGGAAGUCAACAUAGAGUUAUAAGAUCUAGAAUAGAUGGCCAACAUAGAGUUAUCAUUGCAUCUGAUUUAUUAUCUCUUGAAUCACUCACUAUUGAUAGAGUAAAAAAUAUGGUAUAUUUUUCAUAUUCCAGUAAAAUUGAUGUGUGUGAUAUUCAUGGUUAUCAAAGGCGGACACUAAUUUCAUUUGAUAGUACUCAAGUAACUAAUAUAGCAGUUCUUGGUCCUUAUUUAUACUGGAUUGAUAAAGAGAAACAAGCAGUAGAACGGGUUAAUAAAUCGACUGGAAUUAUAAAUGAAGGAAGCAGUACUGUAAUGAAUCAGACACCACAAUUAGUUGAUAUCAUUGCUAUAUAUAUUCCUACUCCUGAAGAAAUGUCUUCACAUCCAUGCAGUGCAUUCAAUAAAUUUGGUCAUUGUUCACAUCUUUGUGUUGUUACAACAAUUAAUGAGAGUAUAUCUAGUGACUAUGAGUGCUCUUGUCCUUUAGGUUUAAUCAUGAGUGAACAACAAUGUGUUAGUGUGCCAGUCUGUGGUCCUGAACAAUUUAUAUGUAACACAUUAAGUGCUGAAUGCAUGCCCUUAAUAUGGCGUUGUGAUGGACAAACUGAUUGUCAAGAUGGAUCAGAUGAAAUAAAUUGUUCAGAGUGUAAUAGACAUCAAUUUAAAUGUCUUGAUGGUCACUGUAUAGACAAAAAUUGGGUAUGUGAUGGUACUAAACAGUGUGCAGAUGGCUCUGAUGAAUCUAGAUGCUGUGAAUUAGGAUCAUUAGCUAAUGAUCGCUUUCAAUGUAUUUCUAAUGGUUUAUGUAUAUUAGCCAAGGAGGUUUGUGAUGGUUGGAAGCAUUGUAUUGAUGGAUCAGAUGAAACAUUUUUGGCUUGUUCUCUAGUUAAAAAUUUAGGCCAUCAUAUUAAUUUAAAUUCUGAUAAAUCAUACAAAGGAACAUUAUUUUUUACAAUAAUCCUUUUCACCUUGAUUUUAAGUGCUUUGUUAAUUGUUAUUUAUCGGUGCACUAAAAGUGAUCCUGAGACUAUCACUAGUCCAACUAACAAUAACUUAGUGACAUAUACUGCUAUACCUGUACCAAGGCAAUUUUCUUCAAUAUCAGCUUACACUGCAAUGCAAAAUGGAACUCAUAUAGAAUUGAUUUCUCCUUCAAAUUGCAGUCCUCUAAAUCCACCACCUAGUCCAACAACUACAUUAACUAUGCCAACUAGUAGUUAUUUGAGAAGUAAUCAGUAUUUGCGAUACAAUGAACGUUAUGAACCACCAUGUCCUACAUUAUGUUCACAAACUGAUCUACCUACUGAUAUAUACGAUUCAGAUUUUGCAUUGCCUAUAGAACCAAGUCCACCACCACCUUCACCGAGGUCACAUUCUCCAUCAUCAAGCACAUAUUUCAGUCCUAACCCACCUCCACCAUCUCCUAAUAGUAGUCAAAAACACUGAUUACUAUUAGAAUGGUUGAAAUUAAGUAUUGAGAAUAUUAUAUAAUUUUUUUACUCUAAAUUGUUAUGUUUGUAAUUUUAAAUAAUAUUUUAACACAUUUUUGUUAACAGUAUGAUGUGAUAUGAAGUAGAAUAAUUUACGUACCUUAAUUGUGACUGAACAUAAAACUUUUGACAGGGUAGAUCAAAUUAUAGAACUAAUUUUAGUUUAUUGACUUGUGCAAUGUAUUUAUGAUACUCAUAUAAUUUGAAGACUUAGGUUUGAUAAGGGACUGGUGUGUUACUUAUUUUCCAAAAAAAUGUAGAUAAUAAUUUACUAGUUAUUUAUUAUUAUGCCAAUUAUAUGUAUUUGUAAAUUAAAAAAUAAAUUAUUUUAACAAAA